GUUGUUUAUGCGAGGUACAAAUUGCCUUGCGAUAAAGAUCUAGGGAUGCCUCCUAUUGUUUUUUCUUGUCCCAUUUACGUGCUCUCGUCUUGACUCAUUCUUUGUAUGGAAGCAAAAUAUGCUGUAUCUACUUCUGCGGACUGUUGUGGCAUUUGCAAUCACUUAUGAACUAGGAUGGAUACUUUACUGCCGGUUCUUUCAUCCUCUUCAUUCCAUUCCGGGCCCUUUUCUAGCCUCUUUCAGUCGGUCAUGUAUUGUCUUAAUGACAGCCAGGGGUGAUAUGGAGCGCAUACAGCGAGAACUGCAUACGACACAUGGAUAUCUUCUUCGAAUUGCGCCAAAUGAAGUUUCAUGCUCAGAUCCAGAAGCAAUUAGGGUCAUCUACGGCACCAAGAAAGUGUUCAACAAGACUGAUUGGUACGACAUAUGGGCUCCACCAAAUCUAGCAUACACUGGCCACUUUCCCACGCGCGAUGAAAAUGAACAUGCCGAGCGCCGCCGUAUCGUCAACAAUGUGUACUCCAUGUCCCGCAUCCUCGAAUCCGAAGGAGUGAUCGAUUCUUGCACGAACAAAUGGUGCGAGACUCUCGUGGAGCUUGCGAAGCAGAAAUCAGUUGUGGAUCUGAGAUUUCUGGUCAACGCCUACAUUAAUCAAGUACUUCUUGGACUCCUUUACAGCGGCACCUGGAACUUCCCAGACAACCGCAUGGAAGAUGGCGGCUGGAUAGAGAAGAUAUCGCCCGUACUCGCGCUGUUCUCUAUCGGUGGAACUCUGCCAUCAUAUCUAGUGCUCAUCUACAUGCUCUCCUCUAUAGUCUUCGUUCCAUCCAUUCGGCGAACCUUAAAAGUUGUUCGGCGUUUAUCUGGCGCCUCCGCAAAGGCAGUUUGGAAACGCAAGGAACAGAUUGAUGGGAAUGAAGAUGUGAAGCAAGACAUGGUUAAGGGGCUGUUCGAAAUCAAUGCCGAGAAAGGGGAGAAAUAUAAUUUCAAGCAUGAACAUGUAGUGGCUGAGACUCAGUCUGCAUUGUUUGCGGGAAUAGACACUACAUUGAUUGCAAACACAGCAACUCUGUACUAUCUUAUGCAAAAUCCAGAUGCGUAUCGGAAGCUGACAAAUAAUCGACGAAGCUGUCGUGAAUGGCACUCUCUCUAUCCCAGUUUCGUAUGCAGAUGCAGUAAAGCUACCUUACUUGAAAGCUUGUAUCAACGAAAGUAUGCGUCUCCACCCGAGUGUCGGACUGACCAUGCCAAGAGAGAUUCCAGAGGGAGGAAUCAUAAUCUCCGGAGUGUAUUUCCCAGAAGGCUAUCGCAUCGGUAUCAAUCCAGCCGUUGUGCAAUACGAUGAGGACGUCUUCGGAUCAGAUGCUGGAAGCUUCAAUCCGGAUUGCUGGUCAGGUGACGAUUCUGCGAGAAUGGAUAGGACAAUGCUACAAUUUGGUGCGGGGACAAGGACGUGUAUAGGGAAGAACAUUGCUUUGAGCGAGAUUUACAAGCUGAUUCCUCAGCUUCUAAGGAUGCUCAAGAUUCGUCUCGUAGAGCCAGCGAAAGAGCUAGAGACGAAAAAUUACUGGUUUAACAAGCAGAUUGGGGUCAAAAUUCGAGUCGAGGCGCGAGACACUACAGCCAUUCCAAGAUCUUAGUCGAUUCUGAGACCUUGCCAACAAGAUAGCAGGAAACUGUUUUCUGGGCAUAAUUAUUUCAUCCUCGUGCUAACAUAUUUUCAAUACUCUCCUUUUAAAUGUGAGAAAACCUCUGCAG